ACCCUCCGCCGACGCACGCUCGCUUCACUUCGUCCGAUCAGUGCGCACCCGCCGGACACAAGACGACCAUGAUGACGCUCGCACCCGUUGCUGUCCUUUUUGCACUCCUGGCCCUGGCAAGUGCCGGUUACCACGGGCAUCACGGAGGCCACAGCAACACGUACAGGAAGCAGAACGAUUACGGCGAAUACACGUUCGGCUACGAUGUUGUGGACGGCUACGGCAGCAUCCACGGCCGUCACGAGAGCGGCUCGGCGUACGGACCCGUGGUGGGCUCCUACUACCUGGGUAACAUCGACGGCCGCCACCGGCACGUGCACUACGUGGCCGACAAAUGGGGCUUCCGUGCCAUGGUCAAGACGAACGAGCCCGGCACCAAGACGAGCCUGCCGGCGGCCGCACCCUACCACUCGGCCAACGGAAAGACCGUGCCGGCCUACGGCAUCUCCGGUCAUGGUCACGGUGGUUACGGCGGAUACGGCGGAUACGGCGGAUACCACGGCUAA